UUCGCUCCGACAAAUAAAAAGCAGGACUUCAUAAGCCGCUUGGGACGAGGUUUCACCUUCAUUUUUUUUAUCCUACCUGACGAAAGGAGUUUUGCUUGAUCUUCCUACUGUAAUUGGAUUAGCAUCUUCGCCUUGGGACAAUAUGGAAAGUUACAAGCAAGUGAGAUUUGGCGUGCUCGCCGUGGUCCUGGUUUUAUGUUGCGCGAGGACCUGCGCCUCAGACAACUUUCCAAAAGCGCAGAACGUAAGCUGGUCCUCUAUCAACUUUAAAUCCAUAUUAACGUGGAGCCCAAAGCCAAUGAAUUAUUCCUACACUGUUGAAUUUUCAGAGCCCAGCCAGGACAGACAACGUACGCCAAACUGUAUCAGGACGACGGAAACUGAAUGCGACCUGACUGCCGAGUUAAAAAACCUGAAGGCCUAUUACAGCGCCGACAUCCUGUCUGAACCCAUGCGGGGCGUCACCUCCGAUCUGGUGGAGUUCCCUCAUGUCAGAUCGGACAAAUUCUCCCCUUACUUCGACACUGCCAUUGGCAGGCCGGAGUUUAAAAUAGAAGUAAGCAGCGAUAAAAGGAAGAUUACUCUGCACGUAACGGACAUCCCCACGGCUCUCUUUAAUAAGGAUAAGAAGAGACUGAAUAUUCGGGAUGUUUUCGGAGACGACCUACAGUAUAAGGUUAUCUACAGGAAAGCCAAGAGCACAGGAAAGAAAGAAAAGUUCAGUAAAAGCAGCGUCAUCGAGCUGACGGAUGUGGACCAAGGAGUGAGCUACUGUUUUUACGUUCAGGCCUUCCUACCUUUCCGAUCUUCAAACAAACAGCUCGGAGAGAUCAGCAGCUACCACUGCUCGCAGGAAGUCGACCCAUCUGUCUUUGAAGAAUACGGCGUGGGUGUCAUCGCCGGAGCCAUUCUUAUUAUCAUCUUGGCGCUUACAGCAAUCAUCAUUGUCGCCGUGAUUUGCUGCAGACGAAGAAAGAGAGCAAAAAACACCGGAAAAGAGGGAUUACCACUGAACGGUGUGUGAGGAGUGUUGACCUAAAAUGGACUUUCUCUUUGGGAGAAAACUGUGGGAAAAUUGUGUUUCUGUGAAACCUCAAAAUGUAGAUAUGUUAGACAUAUUAUUUAGCAGGUCGAGGCCUUUAUACCGUCAGGUGGUGGGUUCUUUAGUCUGGCACUGAAGUGUACUGUAUAAACAUUUUUAUAAGCACUGGCUAAUUUCGUCUACUUUCUAACAAAUGGAAAUACUGUACGGUUUACGAUGGGUUUACUGGGAGAAUCGAAAUCAGAGCACAUUUUAUGAAAUGAAAGAACACUAAUUUAUUUUUUUUAGCUAUCGAUACGGUAAGCUGUAUUUGUGUUUGUGACUGCAAAACGUUUUAACACAUUGCAACUGUACAGUGCUAAUGAUAAAAUCUGGUUUAUUGCCACUUUUAUAAACAUUAUCAUUACACCACUACAAAAUUGUGAAUCCGGUAGGAAUGGUACUGAUGUAAUAUUAUUUUUUAAUAAAACUGUUAUAUACGAAACUGCACAUGUGGACUGAUCGGCACGCAGAUAUAUGUCAUAUUUUCUAAAUUAAAAGAAUAUGUUUCA